AGAGCCAGAAACGACUGUGGACAUUAGCUGGAAGGUUUGGAUCUAAAGACAUGUCGCAAAGCAGACGCAUGGAGUUGAAGUUCCGUCAACAAUUGUUGACCGUCACUUUGUUGGCCGGUGCCUGUGGUGUAAUCCACGCUGGAAAAGAAGUCUCUUCGCUAUUCAAGUUUCCACGAGAAUUUCUGUUCGGAGUUUCUACUGCUUCUUACCAGAUCGAGGGAGGCUGGAGCGAGGACGGCAAGGGCGUUAGCAUUUGGGACACGCUGACACACAAUCGACCUGAUAUGGUGGAAGAUGGCACUAACGGAGACGUUGCCAGCGAUUCCUAUAAUCAGUACAGACAGGAUGUGAAAGCUCUCAAGGAAAUGGGGGUAGAUUUCUAUCGUUUCUCCAUUUCUUGGGCUCGCAUUCUUCCAGAAGGACGUGACAACAAAGUUAAUCAAGCUGGUAUCGAUUAUUACAACAAUCUUAUAGACGAACUAAUAGCCAAUGGGAUCGAACCAAUGAUAACCAUGUAUCACUGGGAUUUACCUCAGGCACUCCAAGAUCUUGGAGGAUGGGCGAACUUGCUUUUGGCAGAAUAUUUUGAGGAUUACGCUCGCGUGCUUUUUACAUAUUUUGGAGACAGGGUCAAGGUCUGGGUCACGAUCAACGAACCUCUUAUUGUAAUGCAAGGAUAUGCGACCAGCAGAGGGUUCGCUCCAGCGAUAAAUGCGACGGGCAUCGGCGACUACCUUGCCGCACACACGACAAUCCUCGCACAUGCCAGGGCGUACCACUUGUACGACGAAGUGUUCAGAAGCAGGCAAGGAGGAAAAAUUUCAAUCGCUCUGAACAGCAAUUGGUGCGAACCAAUAUCAGAUUCUGCAGAAGACAUCGCAGCUUGCGAACAGUUCCUACAAUUUAACAUAGGUAUAUUCGCCCAUCCCAUCUUCAGUGCUGAAGGCGAUUAUCCUCGAGUAGUGAAAGACAGGGUGGCCCAAAACAGCAGAACCCAAGGUUACUUCAAAUCACGACUGCCAACCUUCAGUCCGGAGGAAGUGGAGUACAUCCGAGGAACAUCUGAUUUCUUCGGUUUGAAUUUCUACACGGCUUCCAUUGGAAAGGCAGGACAAACAGGCCCCACCCCAUCAAGGGAGGGAGAUGGUGGAUUCAUCCUAACACAAGAUCCUUCGUGGCCAUCGUCUGGUUCUGCAUGGCUCAAAGUGGUACCAUGGGGAUUUCGCAAGGAAUUAAAUUGGGUAGUAAGAGAAUAUAAUAAUCCCCCUAUAUUCGUCACCGAGAAUGGAUUCUCGGACCUCGGCGGUCUCAAUGAUACAGGCAGAGUAUAUUUCUUAACCAGUUAUCUGAAGGAGAUGUUGAAAGCAAUUCAUUUUGAUGAAAUCAACGUCAUUGGGUACACAGCCUGGACUCUACUUGAUAAUUUCGAGUGGAACGAAGGAUAUAGGGUGAAGUUCGGUCUGUACCACGUGGAUUUCAACGACCCAAACCGUCGGCGUACCGCGAAGGACUCGGCCAAGGUUUACGGUGAAAUCACGAGGAGCAGACAGAUCCCAGAGCGCUUCAGAGAUAUGAAAGAGAUGACGUUCCAAAGCGUUUGCCUCGUCGCCUUUCUAACGGUAGUGUCUGGAGCUAAGCGAGACAUUGAUCCCAAGAUCCUGUACACGUUUCCAGCUGACUUCAAGUUAGGUGCUGCGACAGCUUCGUACCAGAUCGAAGGAGCAUGGAAUGAGGACGGAAAGGGUCCCAAUAUCUGGGACACACUGACACACACGCGUUCUGACUUGGUUGUUGAUGGAUCCACUGGAGACAAAGCGGAUGACUCAUACCACCGAUACAAGGAGGACGUCAAACUUCUCAAGGAAUUGGGCGCACAAGUCUAUCGUUUCUCCAUUUCUUGGGCUCGCAUUCUUCCAGAAGGACAUGACAACAAAGUGAAUCAACCUGGUAUCGAUUAUUACAACAAUCUUAUAGACGAACUACUAGCCAAUGGCAUCGAACCGAUGGUGACCAUGUAUCACUGGGAUUUACCUCAGGCACUCCAAGAUCUGGGAGGAUGGCCGAACUUGCUUUUGGCAGAUUACUUUCAGGAUUAUGCUCGUGUGCUUUUUACAUAUUUCGGAGACAGGGUAAAAUUGUGGCUCACUUUUAACGAACCCCUAACCUUCAUGGACGGAUAUGCGUCUGAUACAGGAAUGGCUCCGUCUAUCAACACGCCCGGUAUUGGCGAUUAUUUAACAGCCCACACUGUAAUCCACGCCCAUGCCAAGGCGUACCACGUGUACAAGAACGAAUUCAGAGAAAAACAGGGAGGAAAAAUUGGAAUAGCACUGAAUAUCCACUGGUGUGAGCCAGUUUCAGUCUCCGUAGAGGACGUCGCGGCUUGUGAACAAUUCCAACAGUUUAACUUGGGUAUAUACGCUCACCCCAUCUUCAGUGAGGAGGGCGAUUACCCCGCUGUUAUGAGAGAGAGGGUAGACAGAAACAGCGUAGAAGAAGGCUACUCAACGUCAAGGUUGCCGAAGUUCAGUCCGGAGGAAGUGGAGUACAUAAAAGGAACUCACGAUUUCAUGGGCUUGAACUACUACACUGCUUUGAUGGGGCAAGCGGGAGUUGAAGGUCACGUACCAUCGCGGUACAGGGACACUGGGGCGAUCACAACACAAGAUCCAUCUUGGCCCUCAUCUGCUUCUUCAUGGCUUAAAGUCGUACCGUGGGGAUUCCGCAAGGAAUUCAACUACAUCGCAAAGGAAUACAACAACACCCCGAUAUUCGUGACUGAGAAUGGUUUCUCAGACCUUGGCGGACUUGCAGAUAAAGACAGAGUGUAUUAUUAUACUGAUCACUUGAAGGAAAUGUUGAAAGCAAUUCACGAGGACGGCGUCAAUGUAAUUGGCUACACUGCUUGGAGUCUCAUGGACAAUUUUGAGUGGCUGAGAGGAUACAGUGAGAAGUUUGGUUUAUACGCCGUGGACGUCAAUGACCCGGAUCUCCAGCGAGUUCCCAAGGAUUCUGCGAAAGUUAUAGCAGAGAUUUACAAGAGCAGACAGAUCCCUGAGCGCUUCAGAGAUUUAGAGUCACAUUCCUGAUGACACGAUUUGUACAUACUAUUAAUUUAAAAAAAAAAAAGAGAAAAAAAGAAUAACACUGAUUCUGAGUUCCCUCAAAAUAGCACGAAGGUCUAUUUCCAUGGAAAAUUAUUCUAACAAAUAAAAUAGAUGUACACAAAAUAUAUUUUACAGUUGUGAAACACCUGCAUGUAUUAAAAGUGUUAACUUAUUUCACGUGGACUUCCUUGUAAGAAUACGCAAAGUACGAGCCAGUACACCAUCGAUCUCGAUGUAGUAACAAAAUUGUGUGGUUCGUAUAAAAUUUAUCAUAUAUUUGUUGAAAAUCUUAAUUUAAAAUAUAACAGUGAUGAAUCAAAUUUAUUUAAAUAGCACUGUCAAUUAUUAUGAAAAUUCUCGGUAUAAAUGGAUGUACGAAAUAAAUGUUUCAAUAGACGAGCACCUUUCUGGAAUUCAAAAUACAUUUUAAUUUAAUUUUAAAACCAAAGUAAAGGAUAUGUGAUUUUAAAAUGCAAGAACAUGAAUAAUUGUAAAUUAAUUAGUCCAUUACACCAAUUUCACUUGAAUAUCCUGUACCAGUAGAAUAAAUAAAAUAUUAGAUAUUUCUCUGUAAUGACAGAAGCCAGUAAAACAAGUUCAAAGUA